UAUGAGGCAGUCUUCUGAUAGAAGGCCUGAUCUGAUUGGUCGAGAGAGCAUUCCUUCCACGAUAUUAGCCAAUCACACGCAUUGUUUCAUCUGUGAAAGGAAAAACGACCCCUCCCCCGAAGUUCUGGUAUAAGUGACAGACGGAGAAGGGUGAGGUCUGCUGUGUUAACCCGUGUAAAUACUCAUAAGUGGAUUUAUUAAACCGUUUUUGACCCGGAUUCACACGUUUAAGGGCCAUAAUAACGGAACAUCAGGCAGUAUUGUGUUGUGCAGCUGACCGUGCCAUGGCCACCCUGUUUAAGGAGCUUCCCUCCUAGACACGCCCAGUUACAUAAGAAACACGCGCACGCACACACGCACACGUGUGGGUUUGCGUGUAUGCAUGAGAUGACGAGCUCCCAUCUGAACGGACAUGUUGGCGACGGGGAAGGCGGAGGAGAGGAGGAGAUGAGGGGGGGUUCUCAGCACAGAGAGAUGGCAGUGGACUGUCCUGGGGAGCUGGGAAGCAGGACCCUGCCGGUACGAAGAUCCGCUCAGCUGGAAAGGAUAAGGCAACAUCAGGAAGACCUCCGACGGCGCCGCGAGGAGGAGGGGAGGCAGUUGGAUCUGAACGCGUCCCUCAGGCUCCGCAAGCUCUCCCAGAACCCCCACGUAGGGAUUGACAACCCCACCUUCCUGCAGGACUCACACACGCCCCAGCAACCCGCGCUGGGAAGCCAGCACGCACAGACAGUGUUGGAGCUGGAGGAGCUGCUCCAGUCCCUCAAGCAGGUGAAGGGCUGCCUGUCCGACCCCCAGAGUCAGAGUGACGUGGAGCUGGUGCUGUCACUGCUCCAGAAGGCUGACUUCCAGUCUGCACUCAGGAUCCACAAUGCUGUCGCCAACAGCAUGCACCGCCCCUCCCCGCCAUACCCACACACGCACCAAGCGCUGCAGCUGACCAUGGAGGUGGAGGGUUUGGUCCAGUCCAGUCAGAAUAAAGAUGGCUUAGAGCUGCAGAGUCUACUGUCUGACACACGUGUGCAGGCUCUGCUCGUGGCUCAUGACGGCGUGGCAGAGAGGGAAAUGCAGCUGGAGCCGGUGUCUCCUGCAGGGGAGACUGUGACCCAGUGGGGCGGGGAGACAGUGAAGAUAGUGCGCAUUGAGAAGGCCAGGGACAUACCACUGGGCGCCACGGUGCGUAACGACAUGGACAGUGUGGUGAUCAGCCGGGUGGUGCGCGGGGGCGCUGCGGAGCGCAGCGGCCUACUGUCCGUGGGCGACGAGAUCCUGGAAAUCAACGGGGUCGAGAUCCGGGGAAAGGACGUGAACCAGGUGUUUGAUAUACUGGCGGACAUGCACGGCAUCCUCACCUUUGUGCUGAUCCCCAGCACAGAGGGUAAACCUCCUCCCAUCAAGGAGACAGUGAUUCACGUGAAGGCCCAUUUUGAUUACGACCCCUCAGACGACCCCUACGUACCCUGCAGAGAGCUCGGACUGUCCUUCCAGAAGGGAGACAUCCUCCACAUCAUCAGUCAGACGGAUCCCAACUGGUGGCAGGCGUACCGUGAUGGUGACGAGGAGAACCAGCCCCUGGCCGGACUGGUCCCCGGCAAAAGUUUUCAGCAGCAGAGAGAGGCAAUGAAGCAGACGAUUGAGGAGGACAAAGAACCAGAGAAGUCUGGAAAGCUCUGGUGUGCAAAAAAGAACAAGAGGAAGAGAAAGAAGCUGCUUUACAAUGCCCACAAGAACGAAGAUAAUGACAUUGAAGAAAUUCUCACCUAUGAGGAAAUGGCCCUGUACCAUCAACCAGCCAACAGGAAGCGGCCGAUUGCACUUAUUGGUCCACUGAGCUGUGGCCAGGCGGAGCUUAAGCAGAGACUGGUCAACAGCCAACCAGAGCGCUUCGCUGGGGCUGUCCCUCACACUACAAGGAGUCGUCGCGAUGGAGAGUCGGGUGCGCGAGACUACCAUUUUGUGUCUCGUCAGGCAUUUGAAGCAGAAUUAGCCGCCGGUAAACUGAUAGAAUCGGGCGAGUUUGAGAAGAACUUGUAUGGGACCAGUUCAGACUCUGUGAGACAAGUCAUCAACACUGGAAAGAUCUGCCUUCUCUGUCUGCAUACACAGUCUCUGAAGAUAUUGAGGAGUUCAGACCUGAAGCCCUACAUCAUCUUCAUCGCCCCACCUUCACAAGAGAGACUGAGGGCCCUCUUGGCCAAGGAAAACAAGAACCCCAAGCCCGAGGAGCUGCGCAUCGUGAUCGAGAAAGCACGGGAGAUGGAGCAGAGCUGCGGCCACCUGUUUGACGCGGUCAUCGUCAACACAGACCAGGAGAAGGCCUACAGCGAGCUGCUACGCCUCAUCAACAAGCUGGACACAGAGCCGCAGUGGGUCCCCUGCUCCUGGCUCCGUUGAUCUCCUGCUGUCCAACUAUAUAUAUAUAUCUAUAUAGAUAUAGAUAUAGAUAUAUAUAAAAUACACACACACUGUCCUAUUUAGAUCAGGAGACUCGCUCACUUCUUUGAGUUGGUUUAUACGGAGAUGCACUUGGCCAUUGAAGCAGGCUGCUUCACGAGUGCUAGGACAGACCUCAGACUCUGAUGUUAGAAGACGGUGCCCCUUUAGUUAUCUUGUUGCCCCAGGAAGAACGGAACAGGGUGUUUCUAACCAACCGUUUGAAAGGAAUACGACGUGAUGCAUUUUACUUCAAGUUGAGGACAUACUAGAAAUACUUUCUCAAUGAUCCUCAUUUCCACUGAGGUGUGGCCUUAUCCUUAACUUAGUCUCUGAAAUAACUGUUUUCACGUUAGCACACAAAUAUUGAUUUGAUAAAAAUGUGAUGCCUUUAGUGUUACUUCACUUCACCUUUCUAUUUUAGAUUCACAGACAUCUUCUUAAGUCGCAAGUAAUCUUUGUAAAAUCCAAUGGCUUUUAAAACAAUUUUAGCAAUUACAACGGCAACCUGGAUUUAUUCCACAUUGUUGGGUUAGUCUUGUCCAUAAAGAGGCCUUAGUGCACAGGAAAUGUGAAACUCUUAACCCACCACUUUUUUGUUUUUGUUUUUGUCUGUUUUGUGGAAUGAAAGCAGAUGCUGCUUAAUCUGUGAAUACACAAGUGUUUGCCGGCAUGUUGCUGGCAUGCUUGUCAAACCCCUCAUUACUACUUGCAUAAAGCCUGAACACGCAUCUGUGCCUGAUAUCAUUCUCUUGCACUACAAAGUCUUUUUUUCCUCAAUUCACAAACACCACUGCCAUCUGGCCUGGACAGACUGCCUGCCACACUUCUGUUCACACACAGCUCAGUCUAGGACCCAGGAUACGCAAAUCUAUUUAUAACCAUAGGACUUGGAUUCAUUUGUCCUAUGUUUCUGCUUAUGGCAGUCGCCCUGACCUGAGCAGUGGUUUGUCUUAUAUUGCAAUAUUCCCCUUAACUGCCUUCAUUCGUAUCAUGCCCCGAACCCCUCUAUGAAAUACAUGCGUUUAGCCUGGGUGGGAAGUAGUAGUUUUGAAAUGUUUGCGCGUGUCUCCCCGUCAGUCUCUGUUGAAGUAUUACCUGAAGUAGAUCUGACACCUUAUCACUGUUGUUAUCACUGAGUAGAACAAUUAUAUAUAUAUAUUUGUAAUAAUAAAUAGAUUUAUGAAGUUCUGUUAUGCAUGGAUUGCUGGCUCCGUCUCCCUGGCUGGUUUGUGUCCCGAUGGGGAGGCUGGGCUAAGUGGAGUUCAGCUGUUUUGAAUGUAAAGUAGAAUAUUCAAAUCACUUCCUGUUUAUUGGACAUCACAUUCUUUUUUUCUAUGACUAUUCACAAUAAAUAGAUGAUCGCUAGUAAA